CAUUUUUGCCGUUGUUUUGCUCCUUUUUUCCUCUCUCUCUAAUCGAGCAAAUAAGUGUAUUGAUGUUGUUUUUCCACCAUUCGUGCGGAUCUGAGAUUCUCAAUCAUUUUGAGAUCGUUUUCGAUUCAGUUGUGUAGUGUGCGCACGUUGAACGUUCUAUAAAUCUGUAUAGAUUGAGUAGAAGAAAUCUGUGCGUUUUAUUAUUUUCAUUCUCUCUCUUGAAACAGUUUUUUUUGGGUGAAGAUUUGUGGCACGAAAGAAUUAUUACAUAAUUUCCUCUUUUAUUUGAACCGAACGAAAAUAAAAAGAACCGAAAAACCAAUUUAUUUAGUGCUACUGAUUGGCUUAAGCAAAUUCAAGUUUAAAAGAAAAGAAAAACUAGAAAAGCGUUUGGCGUGAAAAAAAGGGAACAACCAUUGCAAGCCGUAGAGUAAAAAUUAAAGUAGUUCGAGUUGGGCGUAGUGCGUUAGAACACGAGAGUUAGCAGUUCGAUUUAAAGCAACAAAUUGUGACAUUUUUUUGAAAACCGAAAAACGAACAUUUCUUUGAGAUGGAGGUAUCUGAAACAGCAACUGGACAAAAUGUUCAAAAAUCCUCAUCGAGCCAAUCGGAAUCUGUAAACGAGACGGUUGUAAAGACUGAAGAAAAGCCUGUUGCCAAUGGUGAUAGUGUAGAAACUGUUUCAGUUUCGGCAACUAUAUCCCUUGCACCAGCCGAAAAUGAAACAGACAAAAAAGAUGAUGAAACAGUCGAGGAAAUUGUUGAAGUGAUCGAAGUAACGGACGAUGAAAGCGGAGAGGAAGUUACCGAAGAAGUGGUGACCACGUCAACCACAACAAAAGUUGUGGCAAAGGCAUCAUCCGUUGAUGCGUCAAAUGAAAAGGUUGAAGAGGUAAAAGCUGUUGAGAAGCAAGCUACGAUCGAAAAGCAGGCCACGAUCGAAAAGCAGGCCACAAUUGAAAAGCAAGCUACUAUUGAAAAGCAAGCAACCGUUGAGAAGCAGGCCACAGUCGAAGCUGAAGAAUCGGCGUCUGAAGAAGAGGUCGAAGAAGAAGAAGAGGAAGAGGAGGAAGUGACUGAAACUAAAACCACCAAGCGUGAUAGUGUUGCCUCUGUCACUACUAAACCAGAAUCUUCUGCUAAGCCCAAAGACGAAAUCAACCAAGAAGAAGUGACCAAGGAAGUUACAGAGUCAUUGGGAGAAUUGAAAAUUACCGAAAGUGCGGCAAAGACGAGUGAAACUGAUAUUAAUGAACCUCAGCCAGCGAGAUUUCCAUCAGCUGCUGAAAUUCAAGCGGUCAGACGUGCUUCAGCUGUUGCAGAGGGCGCUCAACGUCCGAUUCAACAAGCUGUGUCAAUUCCACAAACAGCUCCUAUUCAACAAACCGCUCCAAUUCAGCAAACAGCCAUGAUUCAACAGACCAUUUCAUCUACCCAAUCAUCGGCUCCAACGACUUACAUCCAACCACAGCCAACGCCAACCGCAUAUGCUCAACCUGCACCAGCUUCAUACCAGCAACAAGCUCCAACCCAAAUUCCACAGGAAAAUAUUCGCAAUCAAUUGCAAGAAAUCGUGUCGGAUAUCGAUCGUGCGGUCGAAGAACACAAAUUGUUCAGUCAAGCGCCCCAGCCAACUGUGCGCUCAUCAGUCACAACACAGAAUUAUACUACUGAAACAUGGAAGGAAACAUCGAGCGGUGGAAUUCUACAGAAACCAAGCUACUUUUAUCAGGAAGAUAAUACAUCGUCCGCAACAUCUUCCUCAAAACCAAUCGAUUUACAAAAAAUCUUUACACCGGCCAGUGAUGCAGAAGUCAUUUUACCAAAUAAAAACCGAAAGUUAUAUGCAUCAUCGGCAUUCUUUACGCCCGGACUGCAUCCAACUGUGGAAGAUCAAGUGGAACUGGCACGUCGCAUCUCAUCAUCGCUCAGUGACGCCAACAAUAAGCUAUCCAAGGGACAAACAAUGUACGUCAACAGAAAGAAGCGAUCCGUAAAAUGGGUACACGAAGGAGAAGGCAAAAACGAAAAUGUUAACUUGAAUGGAUUUGGCGACUAUCAAAAGCCGUCAUCCCAAUACAGCGAAGAGAAAUCGUAUUCGACUCAACGAUACGAAUCGAAAAUACCAUUGAAAUUGGUAAUGGAUCCGCGAGGCGUUGUGCAAGAUGUUCAUAGCCAGGGCAUCACAUAUGACCAUAGCGGUGGAAUGCUAUCCCCCGAUAAAUGUGCUGAACUGGUUAGUGCUUUGCACACAGAUACACCAAAAGGAAAAGGUGCUGAACUCUUUGCAAAGAGACGCAAGCGAUCCGAAAAAUGGAUUGUUGACGAAACUACUCGAUCGGCAAACAAUCCAGCCGCCACUUCGUACUCAGCUGGACCGACACAAAUCUACGACACCAAUCAAUUUGAACAAAGUAGCUACCAGCAAUCGGUUGAUAAUCAGGCCAAUUAUCAACAACAACAUGCAUGGGAAGCGCAACAACGAAAAGAUGAUUAUUAUAAUGAUAACAUUUAUUCUUCGUCACCGAGCGGCUACAGGCCAACGUACCAACCACCGACUCCAGCAACGGCACCAGCAUCGUUGCCAAGUCAAUCAUACAAAUUGCCCCAACAGCAGCCGUUGCAGCCGAUUAAGCGAACUCCAAACAAUCUACGCGACUUGGCAUACAAGCCAAGCAUACCACAAGGAUGGAAUGCACCACCCACGAAACUACCAAACGUUUUGAGCAAUCAAAAUGACACAAAGUUAGAAACAGAUGAACUAGCAUCAGACUUGCUAUCCGCCAUUAAGGAGUUCGAAGAGACCACUGCGAAAAUAACAUUAACACACCAAAACCACGAGACCCAGCAAAAUACUUUGGACGAAACACAAACAUCGUGUAGAACGGAAGAGAAAGGUCCAAUUGAUUAUUUUAAUCGCACAAAGGAGUCGUUGCGGCAUGUACCACAGAUGGAGCAGGAUACACAUAAUCAUGACCAAAAGAUACAGUCUACAAAUGAAGUGGAUGAGAGUGAAUUGGGUGACGCAUAUGUGAAAAUACCAGUGCAGCAAUUGAUUAACACAUUUGAGCAGCAAAUGCGUUCAAUCAUUAAACAGAAGGUGAAUGAAAAUAUUCAAUUGAAUAUGGACGGUGGUACAACCACAACCAGCAACAAAAUAUCGACAACAUACAUGAACAAGGAGCAUCGCUACGGUUUUACUGGAAAGGAAAAUGAGAUGCGAGCAAGUAAACAAUAUUCAACGAACACAACGAGAAUGAGCAAUGAUGUUGAGGCGAUCCAGCAACAGCAAGCGUUCGAUAGAGUCGAAUGUCAAAUAUCAAACUCGAUAGAUGAACAAUAUCAAUGGUUAACACAGUCGCAGAGUACAACCAGCAGCACUGUUCAACAAUCGUACGAAGAAAAGAGUAUCGAAUCGGCGAGCAGUCGAUUCAAUUCCAAUGAAAAGCAAUCGGAUGAAAAUAUCGAUGGAGAAAUGUUUACACCACCAGAAAUCCCGUUGAGUGGCUACACUCCACCACGAACAGAUGCUUAUUUACCAAAAACCGCAUCGCCAUCAUAUCCUCAUCAAUAUGAGAAUACAUUUGCUCCUCCACCGCAAACCGAUUUGUACCAUUCGCCAAGUGGAGCAGCACCACCAAGCUUCAGGAAAAUCGAUCCAUCGCAAGUGUAUGGCACGCAAUUCCCUGUGCAAAAUUUUACGCCAAAACCGUUCACCCCAUCACCGAUUGCACUGGAAAAAUUGGCCAUCUUUGAACAACAGCCGACAUUGCGGCAGCCUGUUAUUCGUCGUCCAUUGACCGUACCGAAUCAACGCGUGAAAAAUGUAUCACCAACUCCAUUCGGCGGCAGCAGCACACAAUUCAACUCAUAUCCAAGUGCUCCAUGGUCUGGUGCUUCUGCUAAUCCUCCUCCUCCAUCAAAUCGUUUGUCUGGCUGCUCAUUCUCUUCAUCGCCGUCGAGUUACAAUCCGAGUGCCGGUAGUGUACCGUUUUCAUCUCAACACAGCACUCGCAUUUCAUCGUACGCAUCGUCAUCGCACCAGGAUAACUAUAAUCGGGCAGCACGUGGAUGGGGACAACCGAAUGAUUUCUAUAAACCAAUCGCCUUCACUAAACCACAGGCUGUUAAUCUUUCUUACACCGAUUUCUAAAUCAAAUGCUUACCGAGGUUUGAUGCGAACACACACACACACACCAUCAGAGAAAGCAGGCGCUUGUAAAAUGUUUUAUUUGUUUCUUUAAGUCAAACAAACUUUAUUUUUACUUGAUUUUCCAUUUCUUUGUUUUUAUCAAAUAAAAAAAAUGUAUAAAUAAUAUUUUAUGUUCGAUAUAUACUCGAUACAGUGGUGGUCUGCCUGCAAUUAUAUCUCACAUAAGAACAUACCAUUUUUAACCGCGCUUUGAAUAAAUCGAGAGACAAAAAACUAUGAAAACGAACAAAAAAAAAUAUUUUCGAGAGUGUAAAAUUGGGUUUAUAGCUGGCUUUUGCAUCUUCUCUGUUCGAUUUGACGAAGAUGUGUGUAUUUAUUGUUAAUUGUUUCUCGGUUAAAUAGAUACUUAAAAUGAUGUUUGAAUAAAAUUUAAUAAAGAGAUUACGUUUUUGAUGCGAUUUCUCUUUCUGA